CUCGGUGGAUUUUCAAGGGUGUUUAGAUUCUUUAUUAACAAAGGCGCAGACGUUAACGCACAAGGUAGCUACUACGGCAACGCUCUUUAUACUACCUCUUACGAAGGCUAUCGGGAGAUCAUCGUCCGGCUUCUUAUUAAAAAAGGCGCAGACGUUAACGCAUAG